UUCAAAAUUAAAAUAUUUUACGUGUGUAGUGGCGUAAACGGGAGUCGUUUUGUCCGUAGUUGGAUCAUGAAACGUUUCAGUAUGAAUGCUCUGUGUGUUGUGCGGAGUAAUACGUUAUGGGCAGGGGCUCGGGGGGAACUCUGGAAUCAGCGUAAACAAACGGCAUUCAUUGUCAGGCUGCCGCUACGAGCACAGCUCCGAGCCCCUCGUUGUUAAAGGAUUUCACAAAAGUUGGCCUAGAACUUGUAAAGGAGAUGUGUAGUCCUCGCGAAACUCACCUGGUCAGAGGAUUCCAGGUGUGGCGCACACAAUAUGAAAAGCUAGUGGUCAUCAAUACACAGGAUACCAUGUAUACACAUAGCUUUAAAAAGUUUCAAGGACCAUCCCUGGUUCAUGUUCCUCCGCGGUGCUUGGGGCAGGAGGAGGAGGAGGUGGAGCGCGAAAUCUGCACUUGCGUUGAAGACACCUGCACCCACCACCCCCUCUAAGACUGCGCGUCUCCCAGAGUCUCGAGUGUUGAGCCUGCAGUCAGUGUCGCUGCAGUCGUUGUGAUCAUGUUGGGAAGCGGGAAGUCAGCGGCCACCGGUCCCACCGAGGAGCAGAGGAAACUGGCGGAGAAGGCGAUGGACCCCGGCAGGAGGCUCGGCCUGGAAAAUGAGGACAUACGCACAAUGAUGCGGGGCUCCAACAUGGUGAAAGUUCGCUCGUCGAGGUGGCAGAAAAGCCGAAACCUGCGGCUGCUGGAGGACGGACUCACUGUGUGGUGCGAGUCCACCAAGAGCUCCCGCAAAGCCAAAGCCCAGCAGACAUUCGCAGUGACAGAAGUGGAAUGUGUGCGUGAAGGCUGCCAGUCGGAGGCUCUGAGGCGUCUGUCUGGCUCAGUUAAGGAGAACCAGUGCUUCACUGUCGUCUUCAGAGGAGCCAGGAAGAGCCUGGAUCUGCUGUGCCCCUGUGAGGACGAGGCUCAGCGCUGGGUGCGGGGGCUCCGGGCUUUAAAGGACUACGUGGCCAACAUGACUCAGAAAGAGAAACUGGACCAUUGGAUCCGAGGCUACCUGAGGAGAGCCGAUCAGAACCAGGACGGCAAGAUGAGCUACGACGAGGUCAAACGUCUUCUCCAGAUGAUCAACAUCGACCUGAGUGAGCAGUACGCCCGCUCUUUAUUCAAGAGGUGUGACCGCUCUGGCGACGGUCGACUGGAUCACAUAGAGAUUGAGGAGUUCUGCAGGGAGCUGCUGCGGCGGCCCGAGCUGGAUGCCGUGUUCAGACACUAUUCCAGUAAUGGCUGUGUGCUCGCCACCGCAGAGCUGCGAGACUUCCUGGGAGACCAAGGAGAAGACGCCUCACUGAAUCACGCUCAGAGCCUCAUACUCACCUAUGAGCUCAAUGACUGGGCUCAGAAGAACCUGUUCAUGACCCAGAAUGGAUUCACCAUGUACAUGUUGUCCCGGGAGAACGAUGUGGUGAACCCCGACCACGCCAGAGUCUACCAGGACAUGAGCCGCCCUCUGUCCCACUACUUCAUCUCCUCAUCGCACAACACUUACCUGACCAAGGACCAAGUUACCAGUGCCAGCAGCACUGAGCCAUACAUCAGGGCUCUGAUUCAGGGCUGCCGCUGUGUGGAGCUGGACUGCUGGGACGGAGAUAAAGGUGAACCUGUCAUCUACCACGGCCACACUCUCACCUCCAAAGUGCCUUUCAAGGAGGUCAUUGAAACCAUCGGCCAGUACGCCUUCAAGGCGUCCCCGUACCCUCUAAUCCUGUCCUUGGAGAACCACUGUUCUGUGGAGCAGCAGGCUGUCAUGGCCAAACACCUCCGCACCAUCCUGGGCAGCAAACUGCUCACCAAGCCCCUCAGUGCCCAGCCGCUAAAGGAUCUGCCUUCUCCUGAGGAGCUGAAAGGGCGUAUUCUUGUAAAAGGGAAGAAGCACACUCCUCACCUGAGCCAGCUGGGCAAGAGUGGCAGCUAUGCCAGCUUCUCUUCGAGCUCUGAUGACGAACUAGCAAACAGCAACAAGAAUACACCCAAGAAGGAUCCUGCAAAGGUCAGUUGUAAACUGAGCCCAGAACUAUCAGACCUGGUGGUGUACUGCAGAAGUGUUCCCUUCCGUGGCUUUGAAAAUGUGUCUGAAAACCAACCAAAUGAAAUGUCCUCCUUCUCUGAAAACGAGGCUCUCAAGCUCAUCAAAGACUCAGGAAAGCUGUUUGUGAGACACAACAGCAGGCAGCUGAGCCGGAUCUACCCCUCCGGCCAGCGCCUCCAAUCAUCCAACUAUGAUCCUCAGGAAAUGUGGAACGGUGGCUGCCAGAUGGUGGCUCUGAACUUCCAGACGCCCGGGGAGCAGAUGGACCUGAACCAGGGUCGCUUCCUCCCCAAUGGUCGCUGUGGAUAUGUCCUCAAACCGAGCUUCCUGUGCAGCCCCACGUCCAACUUCAACCCAGAGAUCACAGGAGGAGGCCCCGGUCACAUCCCCACCCAGCUGACCAUACGGAUAAUAUCUGCACAGCAGCUGCCGAAAAUCAACACAGAGAAGGCGAGCUCCAUUGUGGACCCACAAGUGUGGGUGGAAAUUCACGGGGUUUCUAUCGAUAACGCAAGAGACAAAACCCAACGGAUCGACAACAAUGGCUUCAACCCACAAUGGAACUGCACCCUGAGCUUCCAGCUGCAGGUCCCUGAUCUGGCCCUGGUCCGGUUUGUGGUGGAGGACCACGAUCAUACUGCCAAAAACGACUUUGUGGGGCAGUUCACUGUACCCUUCACAAGCCUGCGGACAGGAUAUCGACACGUUCAUUUACUGAAAGCAGAUGGUUCCAGCCUGUCCCCCGCCACACUCUUCAUCCAUGUCAAAGUGUCCCGCAAAGGAGUUCCCAUCAAAACUGUGUCCGAGCGAAUGGCCAAGGCCAAGGCCAAGGGCAAAGCAUGACGUGUAGCUGAACACGAUGGAAAGCUGCAUUUUCUGACAACAAAGGGGCUUUGGAAAAGAGGCUCAGAAUGUGAGAAGGAGAGAAAAGACUGCUGCUGCCAGCCAGUUUCACAGUUCAGACCUCAAGUGGUCCAAUUUACACUGAGCCACUUCCCAACGCAGGAAGAAGGAUGUCGUUUAUCAGAGAUGAAGAAGCGCGCGGCUCUUAGCAAAUGAAUUGCCUCAGGCCGGAUAAUGAAUCCAUGAUGCACUGUGGGAGUAUUUGCUCUUGUCAGUGCUGUGUGCUCUGGAAAAGAAGAGCACUGAGGAUUCAUGAAACACACAGAUAUGGGACUUGUUACAAAAUUUAUUAUAGUGUCGCUAACGCUCAUUUGUAGAUUAUCUCUUGAUAUGUCAGAUAGAGUGAAGAUGUGCUACUUUAUCCUUUUUUUUAUCUUUAAUUUGAGAAAAUAUUUUAACAUUUUUACACUUAAUUAUGUGACUUAAACUUAAAGGAUGAUUAUAGCUUGACAAAAAAAAUGUUAUUUAACUGAGUCUCUUAUAAGUAGGAAUCUAAGCAUGACCGGACUUUCAUUAAAGCAUUAAUAUAUUAUUCUACAAAUUAUUGUUUCAGCUUAUGUGAUAUGCUGUUAUACAGAUGUAAUAAUGUUGGAGAGGUUGUUGCUGGUUGUAUUCAAGAAGGUUGAGUCUUACGUGAUUCUCCAGAUACUUGGCACUUUUAAUUUCACUGUGGGGAAAAGAGGAAGACAUGCAGUAUUUCCCCAACUUACGAACAAACUUGAAAUAUAAACAGUAUUAACUUACAGACACAUGUUUACUUACGCUCUAAAAAAAUGUAAUUUGUUGUAUGUGCCUUUGUAGAUAGAUUUAACUUUGCAUUAUUAUUCUUGUUGCCAUUUCUUGUCUGUAUAUUUCAGGAGUGGUUAAACACUAAUUUGAGCAAAUUAAUGCAACCACCAAUUACCGUUGGCUACAGUGAAUCAGGUAAUACUCUUUUUAAGGGGGUUCCCUGAAAACAAAUUGGUGCAGUAAUGAAAGGUGCUGCACACGGAUUACUGUAAUUACAGGAUGGGUGAUCAGGAUGGGUUUCUGUAGCAUGCAACAAAUGGUGAGUGAAGUAUGACUUUGCAGUUUUCAAAGCUUGCAGUCAGUGUUGUACGAAUGGCACUUGGUAUUAUGUGUGCAAGAGAAAAUACUGUUUUCAUAAAAGCAUUAAUAACA